AUGGGUCUGCUAACUGUGAUCGUAUGCCUUGCUGCACUGCACCAAGCUGUUGGACAGAAGCCAGCUCUGGGUUUUUCUGCUUUGUCUCGUUUCAAUGUGGAUAGCCAAAAGGUGAUCGUUGACAAGCAUAAUGACCUUCGGCGAGCAGUGAAUCCCACUGCCAGAAACAUGCUGAAGAUGGUAUGGAACCUUGAAGCUGCAAACAAUGCUCAGAGAUGGGCAGAUCAGUGUAAAAUGUCCAUCAGUCCUAGCAACGAGAGAGUCGUUAAUGGUGUCUUCUGUGGUGAAAAUAUUUUUCAGGCAACUUAUCCCCUGUCUUGGUCUGAUGCAAUCCAAAACUGGUAUAAUCAAGUGUCUAAUUUCAAAUAUGGUACUGGAGCAAUCAAAGACAAUGCCCCUAUUGGUGGCUACACUCAGGUGGUUUGGUAUCAUUCUUACCAGAUUGGAUGUGCAGUUGCCUACUGUCCUCAGAAUAAGUGGCAGUACUUUUAUGUUUGCCAGUACUGUCCCGCAGGAAAUAAUGCAGCAAACUUAGCUAAACCGUACAAACAGGGACCAGCGUGUGGCGAUUGCCCUAAUGCCUGCGACCGAGGACUCUGCACCAACCCUUGCAAGUAUAUGGAUAAAUACACAAACUGUGCCACCUUAAAAGAGCUCUUUGGCUGUAGUCAUUCUAUGGUGAAGGAAAGUUGUCUAGCUUCCUGCAAAUGCACCACUGAAAUAAAAUAAUAUCCUGCUAUCCAUCACUUUCUCUUCCUUGAGAUUGUUUUAGUUGAUAGAGAAAAGAACCCAGGAAAAAAAAAAAAAAAAACCAUUCCCAAUAUUUUCAUAACCGCUUGAAUACUGGAUAAAACAAUGAUUAAGUUGUGCUCUGCAUUAUGUGUUAGAUGUCCUGAAUAUU